AUGUCUUCUACAUCAUACGAAUUCCAGGUAGAAAGUUUCUUAUCUAAUAAGGAAUUAAACAAUCAAUCAGUAUCCUUAGUUAUUCCGAGGAUUACAAGAGAUAGAAUACAUAACAUGCUAUAUUAUAAAGUCAAUUUAACUGCUAGUUCAUUGAGAGGUGAUACAAUAUUAGAAUUAUCUAAAAUAAUGAUUAGAGAUUUAGGAACUUUAAAGGGGCAUUCUAUUAAUAUAGUCCAUAUGUUAGGUGGUGUUGAAUUUAAAUGUUUGUUAAUGAAACUAAUAGAAAUAAGGCCGACAAUAGAUCAAUUAUUUGCUAUUUUUCAAUUAGCUAAGUACCAAAAUAAUAAUACAAAGUAUGAUUCAUUUGAUGAUAAAUAUAUUAUUGCUUUGUUGUUAGUCUAUAUUAGAGUACAAUAUUUUUUUCUUAGAAUAGAUGACCCAAGAGCGAUAAAAUUUCAUAAAUUAUUUAAAAAUUUUAUAAAUGAUUUCAGAAAAUUAAAAUGUAUGGAUUUUGAAGCUGAUUGUUGGUCUCAAUCACAAAAUAUAACUGUAUCAAUAAAACAUAUGGACGAACUUGUUGACUAUUUAGUAACCGAAAAUCAAAUAUGGGGGAUUCCACUUGGAUCAUGUCGAUGGUGCAAUAUUUUUGUCGAAGAAAGUGAUACAGAUUCUAGCUUAGAUUCUAGUUCAAGUUCUGAAAGUGACUUUGACUAA